GAGCAGAAACAGCUGGACAGAGAAGGCAGCUGUGCUCUCACAAACUCCAGCCAGCAAGCCCGCAACAAAAAGUUGGGAAUAAAUGCCUGACUCACUGGUGCUGGGAAGGUGUGGACUACCAUGGGAAUAAGUGACUUAACUGGGCGUGUCGUCAAACCCACAGGAUUGUAAAUACUUCUCGAACCUUCUAAGACACCCUACUGCAACAAGAGAUGCAUCUAGGAAGCUCUCCAGUUCCUCCACCUCCACCACCACCACCUCUUCUACCACCUCCACCACCAGCCCCUGGACUCCCUCUAUCCCAACAUGGACCAGGUCUCAUUGGUCGCCGACAGUCCAGGAUGCGCAACUUUAACUGGGAGACGCUUCCCAAACACAGCGUGAUAGGAAAACACAACAUCUGGACAGCCGACAAGACCGAUGGAGGAUAUGAGCUGGACACUGAUCACAUAGAGGAGUUGUUCAGCCAUAACCAUGGCCAGCAGCACCCCAAAGGCCUGAACCGUCACAGUCUCAGGGGGCAGCUGCCUUCUGGUCAUGGGGAAAUGGUUUCCAUCCUCAGCUCCAAGAGGAGCAUGAACAUUGGAAUAUUCCUGAAGCAGUUCAAGCGGCCAGUAAAAGACGUGAUUGAAGACAUUAAAUCAGGACGAGGUCUCAGUUUUGGCACUGGAAAACUACGAGAGCUCUGUAGGUUGUUGCCAGAUGAUGGGGAGCUGAAGCAGCUGGUUGGGUUUAAAGGUGACCCAUCUGCUCUACCAGAAGCUGAUCUUUUUAUGCUACUGCUGGUCAAGAUUCCCAGUUAUGAAGAAAGAUUGAACUGCUUAGUGCUGAAAGAUGAAUUUUUCCCCAUCAUGAAUGAAAUGAAAGAAUUCAUUGGCACUCUGACAGAAGCUGGGAAAGAGCUGUUAAUGUGCGACAAUCUUCAUUCUACCAUUCGCCUGGUGUUAAAGACGGGAAACUACAUGAAUGCUGGUGGUUAUGCAGGGAGUGCAAUUGGCUUCCGAAUGUCCUCUCUGCUGAAGUUAGCUGAUACCAAAGCAAAUAAACCUGGAAUGAAUCUCAUGCAUUAUGUUGUGAUGCAAGCUCAGAAGGCAGAUGUAACACUUCUGAAGUUUCCAGAACAGCUAAAGCACAUUGAAGCUGCAGCAAGAUUAAACAAAAGUGACAUUGAAGUUGAGUUUGAAAGGCAAGUGAAGAAAAUACAAGAUGCCAAAUCAAACACCUUGAAACAAGAAGAUCUAAAAGCACAGAUGGAGGACUUCAUAAAGGAAGCUGAGGCUUGCUUGGAAGAAACAGAGACUGAUCUGGAAGAGCUUCAGUCAGUUAGUGACUCAGUGGCAGAGUACUUCUGUGAAGACUCCCAGACUUUUAGACUGGAGGAAUGUUGCUCUAUUUUUCACUCUUUCUGUGAAAAGUUUAUUCGGGCCAUACAGGAAAACAAGGCCAGAGAGAUGGCAGAGGUGAAACGGAAACGUAUCGAAAAAUUACAGAACGCAGUGAAGCGCAGAUCCACGGCUACCUGCUCAAGCAGAGACAAAGAAAUGGACGGCAUUGCAUUAGAGUCUGUACUGCAGAACUUGCUCACCAAUCGCAGGAGACCUGGGACGCCUUUGUCCAUGCAUGGAAGCCCAAGGAGUGGUAGUCCUACUGACGGGAGCCUAUCCGAAAUCAGUUCUCAGACAAAUCUUCCUACUGGAAUUCAAAACUAUAAAAACAGAGCUAAUGAGAUGUGCAAAAAAGAGUGGAACUCAGCAAUUGAACUCACACAGACAUUUUCAAAAGAGAAAGUUCAGUUACAUUUUGAAAACAAUAAACCGGAAGGUGACAACACCCAUGAAGAAAAAAUCAAGUCUUCCCAAAAGGAGAACUCUCAGAAUGUAACACAGCAACCCCAAAAGACCUUCAGAGCCCUCUCAACAGUUAGAUCGUUCUCCGCCAACUCUGAGGAAGAUGAGGAAGACAUGCAAGACAACAAUGAGGAGGAGGCCCAAAAGUUGCGUGAAGCAUCUCGAAAGGUUUUGCAGUAUCAGAGCAGCCAUGGCAGUGCUUCGUCAGUGGACUUCUCUCUGGAAAACCAGAAAUCUCCUCCUACAAAGACCACCUUGCCUCGUCAGCUCACGUUUGAUGAGGAAACUCAAAGGUAUCCUGGUGACCCAACCAAUGAGGAUUUGGUUCAAUUUUUGCUCGGCCCUCAUUCUUCCUCAAAACGUAACCUCGGCCGCCGACAUACUCUACCUACUAAAAUUAAAGAGCAGAAAGAUAACCUGGAGAUCCAGUCUACAAUUAUAAGUCCAAAUCUUGUGCAACAGGUCAAAGAAUCCCAAGCAGGACAGAAUGUUGGACAUGAACCCUCAAAGCCAGUUUUUGAUUUCACUGAUCUUUCCCAGAACUUAAAGAAAUCCAGUGGUCAGGACCAGAAUUCUCCAUCAGCAGAAAAGAAAAGUAAACCAAACGAUCCUUCAGUCCAUUCUCCAGAUGGAGGCUUCCAGGAGCUAAACCUGAAGGACAAAUCAAUGGAGAGCACUGACAGCCACCAACAGAUAAAUAAUGAGAACGUUCUUCCAAGAAGUAACUGGUUUAAGACUGAGAACCCAGGAUUUUUUUUCAACUUUUUAAAACGCUUGGGAGAUUUGAGCAAACAGCAGAACAGCAAGGAAACCGUUCCUAAGGGCACAGAUUCUAGUGUGUAGACAUGGAAAAUACAUGACAACAUGUAUUAGUUUGAAGCUCAUGUAAUUGAAAACAUAAAUGUUAAUCAGCCAUUAAGAGUUGAAUUCAGGAAAUAUAUUAAUGAGAUAUAAUUACAUGUUAUAUCAUGAUGACAUUAUAGUGUUUUCCUUUAUUUGAAUUUUGAAAGGGAGUUUUAGGAAACUGAAGAAUGUUUGUAAGAUGGUAUUUUGUAUGUUGUACCACUAGAUGGCAAGAUUGGAUAGUAAAUUGAAAUGGAAGCUUGAGCUGUGACAAGCGUUUUAGCCUCUUUUUAAAGUUAGAGAGGCCAAACUGAGAUGGUUGGGACAUGUGCAGAGGAGGAAUAGUGGGUGUAUUUGGUAGAAGUAUGUUAGAAAUGAAGCUGUCAGGAAAAAUAUAAAGAGCAAUUCCAAAGAGGAGGUUAAAUGAUAUAGUUAGAAAGGACAUGGAAGUAUACGGAGUCAGGACAGAGGAUGUCGAGGACAGAGUGGAGGAUGACUCUGAAGAGGGAAGAGCUGAAAAAAAAAAAAGUUAUGAAAAGUGUUUUUAAUUUGCAGGCAAUUUGUAUGUUGGGUGUCAAAAGAAAGAUGGAAAAACUUGCCGUGAGGCAUUUGACUACACUUUUUAUCCAUAAAUAAUAUAUUUUGCUGCUCAGAAUGUCAACCAAACUUAGAUAAGUGAGUAGGUUUACACUGGUUUCUCUUUGUCAGAAAUGAAAAUCAAGAAUGUACAGAGAAAGUGUUGAGGCUGGUGAUAGAAGAGCAAUUUCAGCUUAGAAGAAAGAAACUGAAUCUGUAUUAAAAUAUGUUGCUGCAUCUAUUUUUAUAUGACUGUUUGCUUGUCUUUACUAAUUGUAUAUAAUUUUUUCCUAAUUUGAAGCUGUACAAUAAUUAAUAUAUUUUCAUUGCAAUUCUUCAGGUUCCUUGUUUCUUGUUUUAAAUCACAUCAUAUGUGCAUAAGCUUGUUGUUUAGUUAUACUGAAUGUAUUGUUCAUGUAAAAUGGGUCAGUGUCACAAAGACUGCGUCUAUCGGAACACUUCUGACCCAUGGAGAGUCUGGGAAAGUGAACAAUGCUGAUCCUAAACCAACACGUUAAAGGCAUGACAGUGAAGACCACAUAUGAUUCAACGAAUGUGAAUCUACAUCACAGCUAAAUAU